GACUGCCAGGCUAUCAUUGACCUUUUGAAUGCCCACCGGUGCAAUGAAGGCAAGAGGAGACGCCGGAUCUUGGGGAGUGUCAAGGCUGCCUUCAAACUCCCAGGUUUCAAAGAACAGCUGCGCAGUAUCGAAGAAAGGCUGGAUAAAACACAAAAAGCAAUGCAACUGCAUGUUUUCCAACAAUUGAGACAGGAGAUAUCGGAUGCACACGUCACUGUCGUAACCAUUCAAGGCCAUGGAAACACGAUGGCAAUGAGACCCCAGGACAUGACGGCAGCUGACAAGGAGCAAUACCCAUCGUCACCGUCAAUUCACGACCUCAAGGCGCUGAUGGACCAACUCUCUAGCAUGGUUGGAACUCUAGAACUCCUGCGUUUCGAGUCUGUCCUGGCCAGUCUGAACUACGAGACUCGUGAAGUUCGCCACGACACCAUCAAGGAUGCUCAUGUGAAGACCUUUGGGUGGGCACUUGACUCAAACUUUCCUCUCUCGAAAUGGCUUCAGUCGGGAGACGGUAUUUUCUGGGUUUCGGGGAAGCCCGGGUCGGGGAAGUCAACCCUCAUGAAAUUCCUAGCAGAUCACACACAAACCAAAACCUUCCUAAAGCAAUGGGCUGGGGGGAACGAGCUGGUAGUGGCUAGUCACUACUUCUGGUGCUCAGGCACCUUGAUGCAGAAAUCUUGGCACGGCCUGCUCCGAUCUCUGAUUUUCGACAUAUUCAGGAGUUAUCCUUUGUCUAUUCAGCAAGCUUGUCCCGAACGAUGGGCAAGAGCGGGCGCCCCAGGAGCGGCUUCCACGCCGUGGACAAUAGCCGAAUUGGCCAAUGCUCUCCGUGCUAUGGCUACCCUACAACCCAGUUCAUCCCUGAGGUUCUGCUUCUUCAUUGACGGACUCGACGAGUAUGAAGGAGAUCAUCUCGAACUUUGUGAGAUAUUCAAGGGUUUAGUUCGGGCUGGCACUAUCAAGAUGUGUCUUUCAAGUCGCCCAUGGCCAGUCUUUGAGGAUGGCCUGGGCAAAGACCUCUCACGCAAGCUGUACGUCCAGGAUCUGACAUACAACGAUAUCAAGACAUACGUUGCAGCACAACUAGAGUGCCAUCCCAAAUGGAAAACGAACAGCUUGACCGAAACAGAAAGAAUGGACAUGGUCGAAGCGGUGACCAAGAAAGCGGAUGGAGUCUUCCUCUGGGCAUACCUCGUUACGAGGUCCCUCCGGGAGGGUUUGUCAAAUCACGACACAGUUACCGAUCUCACUAGGCGGCUGGAGCACUUGCCAGGCGACCUCGAGAAACUUUUUCGCCAAAUGCUGGAGAGCGUCAACCCCGUCUACCAGAGCAAGAUGGCAUGUUUCCUCCAAGCUGCAACAGUUUACAACCCGAACUCGGUAAACUACAAUUAUCCAGAAAUACCUCUAGACGCAGGAAUAUACUGCAAUAUGGAAAAGGAACUUGACGAGCCGGGCUACGCAUUGCAAUGCUCCCUUGUCCAAAUCUCAAAGGCAUCCAAAACUCACGACACGUUUCAUGAAUGGCUUCACAACGAUAAUGAACACGUAUCUCCCGAACUGCGCACAUGUAUCUCGAAGCGAUAUGCACAAAUGCAGGACAUCAUCAACUCGCGGACAAAAGGGAUUCUAGAAGCACCGAUCAUGCAAAACCGUCCUCAGCCGCCCAUUGUACAAUAUUUUCACAGAACAAUGCACGACUUCAUACAGACGACAGAGAUUCAGGAGUUCCUUUCUUCCAAGUUAAGCAACAAUUUCAAUAUCCAUAUUUGGAUCAUGAAAGGCCACCUUAUUAGAAGAAAGGGAUAUCCGGUUGAAUCCUACCGCUCCGAUUCUUCAUUCAUUGAGCUUCAUUCGGACCUGGGAGAUGAAGUCACACACAUGCUAGCGUGCGCAGCGAAUGCAUUAUCUGUUAUCGAAAGGGAGGACUUCAAAGCCGUAUUCACUCUACUCGACGAAUAUGAGAGGGCUCUUCAUCAUCUUAGCCUCCAAGCUAUAGCCUCUGAACCAUCACGCAAGAACAAGAUGCUGCUUAUGGCACGGUAUGCUGGCAAGCGACCCUACCUCAAUCUUGCCACUUACUUCCGCGAGAUGGUUGUGUUGUAUGCUUGCCGUUCUUUGCUUAGUGAAUACUUUGAAGCUAAAGCAAUGGAGACUCCCGAUUAUCGGGAUGGUCUGCCUGGACCUUUACUCCUCCAAUUUACAGUAUUAAUAUUUUCGGGCAACCUCCGGGGGUUACGCCUCAAUCGAUAUUCUCUGAGACCAUGCCAUAAUAUGGUCGAGCGACUUCUUCGUACUGGGGCAAAUCCAAACGAGCCAUUCAUCGACCAAACUGCCGGAUUCCAUUAUGCCGAAGAAAAAAUGAUUACCUCUAUGCACAGACAGGACCCCAAACAGGAGUUAGAAAGGAUACUGAUCCAGUUCAAGAUAUCACCGUGGGUUUUUCUGAUGCGGAUAUGUUUUUGGCUUUAUGGGGUCCCCGUAUGUCAGUGUACUGGUGACAUGGAGACAUGGCAGUUUCUUACUGCUUUUGAGCCUGAUUUCCGGGUGGUCGGCCUUUAUCUGAACUACGGGGCCGAUCCCAAUGCAGAGUUCUGGGAUCGUGAACCAAAGCCUUUGCUUGAAUGUUCCGAAAAAUGUUACGGCACCAAGAACAUGUCUAUAUUUUCGGUGUUCAAUCCCAGCAUGACUGGUGUUCAAAUUCAUACUCCUACGCAUUACGUGGCAGAGUUUCUAGAGCACCCCAUGUUCGGAAAGCCCCCCUUGUGGUCCAUCUCCUGCUUCUUUGCCUAUAUCUGGUCCCCAUUCCAGCGCCCUUUGCGCCACCAAUAUCAACGGGACUACUUGGCGACUCUGGACACUUUUCUCAGCAAACAUCCAAGCCUGGACGCAUCCAGCCACAUCAGCGACGUUAUCACGAGUUUGGAACUCGAUAGUCUCGGUUGGAUCAUCCUAAACGACGAGCCAAGCAAGUCUCCCUUUGUCCAAUUUUGCGCACACAUCUGCUAUAAGGACACGUGGACAGAGGACUCGGCUCUGAACCAGUUCCGGUCUGCGAUCAUAGAGAAGCUGAUCGGCUACUGCGGUACCAUAAAUGCGGAUGAGAAGUUCUUCACCUUGUUGGAGUUUGGGAUAUCAAAGGCCGAAAAAUGUCCUGAGGAUAUUAAGCGGCGGUUGUUAAUGUUGGACCUUGUCGAAGAGAAUCGAAGCCGUAAUGACAGUGUGAGUUAGAGUCAAGGUGGGAGUGGAUGGAGGUGAUGAAAGUGAGGAGGUCUACGGCUUCUUUCUCCCUUUGAGAGCACGUUUGGUUUGACGGCUCUCAAAGGGGUUGGAUUCUGAAGGGAUGACCUAUGUGCACACGUAAGGAGCUUGAAGCGGAGGUUCAUCUGUUCUGGGAAAGGAUGUGGGCAAGUUCUUCGUAUAA